AUGCCACGAAAUGCCCAAUUUCGCGCAGGCCGCGAACCUCACCUAGAAAAUCCCAGUCUAAAACUUCACCGAAGUCGUGUCUCCGGCCCAUUGUCAUUCUUGAAUCCAACGCGGGCAGGGUACGCGGCCGCCCCUGGAAAAACCACCGAACCCAGACCCACCACCACACCAGCACCCGGUUUUGUGGAGCAUCUCUGGCGAUCGCGCGAUAGUCGCAAGGGAAGACAUGCAAUUCAAGUGGAUUACCAGGCAGCGGAGCGGGACACUGCAAACGCGCCGGGGCCGACGUCUACGAUCCGGGAGGCGGGGAAGGGGAUCAUACGGAUGGCUACCUGUGCGCCGUACUGGGAUGUUUCAUAUCUCGUUGCUGUGACAUUUACCAUUGGAUCUGCUAUUUGGAUUAUCAAUGCCUUCUUUGUUUGGCUGCCGCUUGUGGAUCCGCAGACCGAGUUCGCUGGGGAGUCCUUGGUGGGAGGGGGAGUUACCGGGUUCAUUGGUGCUACGGUCUUUGAGAUUGGGAGUGUUCUGCUACUACUGGAAGCCGUUAAUGCGAAUCAAACCGGCUGUUUUGCUUGGGCGUUGGAGACAGAGUUGAAAAAGGCUGAGGACGACACCGUUCAGACCGUGACGGUGAAGCCGGCCGCGGAAGACUGUCAGCACCAUCAUGCGAACAAGAAGAAUUUGGUCGGAGCGGGCAGAUUGACUCUCACUCAGCGUCUCUCCCAUGAUGUCGUGGAGGGAUACUCUACAGCAUCCCCAGAUGGUAAAAGAUUCCGCUGGAUCCCAUCGCUGUCAGAGCUUCUGGACCACUAUCUCCAUGAACUAGGGUUUCUGGCCUCUUUGGUCCAAUUUUUUGCAGCCAGUAUUUUCUGGAUUGCGGGACUGACUGGCUUACCCGGAAUUAUAGACCAUAUGAGCCAAGGUCUCACUGAUGGAAUCUACUGGGUCCCGCAAAUCGUCGGGGGUACUGGGUUCAUCUUGAGCGGGCUACUGUUCACCCUUGAAACUCAGCAGAAAUGGUACAAACCGGCCCCGAGGGUACUAGGCUGGCAUAUUGGAGUCUGGAAUUUCAUUGGAGGAAUUGGUUUCACCCUUUGUGGUGCCCUAGGGCCAGCAUCCGCUUCCUCUGGCGUCGAGUAUCAAGCCACCCUGGCUACCUUUUGGGGAUCAUGGGCAUUCAUGAUUGGAUCUACAAUACAGUGGUAUGAAAGUCUUCAAAAGUACCCCGUUGAAAAGAAGCCAUUGGCCCAAACACCCAAGAGCAGUUGA